GAAAAAUAUCUCUUUACGUACUUUACAUUAUUACUGUAUGCGCGAAAUGUCAACAAAAGUUGAUUUGGACACAUUUUCUCGAGGCAUUGGAGCCCGCUUUGUGUCUUUGCUAGCACCUGUUUCGCUAACCAUUAUUUUAGUGGUUUGGAGUGUUAACAAUUUGACACCUAUUUCUGCUUUUAGCCAAGAAUCUCCAUUGACGUUGCUGAUGGUUGAGGGAAAGAAUGACAACGCUAUUGAUAAAUUAGGAGCGUCCUUCCUAAAUGCAUGUGGCCUGAUAGUAGUUGUAGUUGCUAUGACAUUUCUCACACUGGUUUUAUACAAAUAUCACUGUACUGGAAUCCUGUUUUCCUGGCUUAUGUUUUCCUCUGGCUCUAUUUUGUUCAUCUCGAUGUGGGAAUGGUUAGAUUUAGUCUGUACCCGUUUUCAGAUUCCAUAUGAUAUCAUUACCAUGACUUUAAUUGUUUGGAAUCUUGGUGCAGUAGGAAUGGUUUCUUUGUUUUACUAUGUUCAUCCUCUAUUUACACAGUUCUAUUUAGUCUUUGCCUCAGUUCUGUUAUCGUGGUCGCUGACGGCGCUUCCAGAAUGGACAACUUGGGCCAUAUUGUUGGGAAUUGCCACUUACGAUAUUGUGGCUGUUCUGAGUCCUAAUGGCCCACUCAAGCUGCUUAUAGAAGCUGCCGAUGCUCAAAAUGAACCAAUUCCCGGUUUUGUGUAUGAUAGUGCUAGGACUCUUCAUUCUGUAGCCACGGUCGAACAACAGCAACCCACACCGGUUGAUCGUGAUGCUAAAAAAAAUUCACCUUCUCAUCCCAAAAUAAGCAAUCAUAAGCUGCCAUUGGUUGCCUACCUUAGGCAUAGCUCUCCUUUUAAAUUAGGGUUAGGAGACUUUAUUUUUUAUGCUCUUCUUGUUGGGAAGGCAACAUUAUCAGGCUUUUUACCCUUUUUCUUUUGUUUUGUGACGAUUCUUAGCGGUAUGACUGCGACAUUGUUGUCAUUGUUUCUAUUUCGUGACUUUCUGCACGCCCUCCCAGCACUUCCGAUUUCAAUUUUCCUUGCAACAGCCGUGUACUUUAUUACAGAAUUUUUUUUAAAGGAUAUGAGUACUUACUUUUCUUUCAAAAUAUAUGUUUUGUAAUUCCCUUUUUACAGUUUUA